AUGCGCCGCCGCCUCUGGCUGGGCCUGGCCUGGCUGCUGCUGGCUCGGGCACCGGGUGCCCCGGGCGGGUACCCGCAUCUGGAGGGCGACGUGCGCUGGCGACGCCUCUUCUCCUCCACCCACUUCUUCCUGCGAGUGGACCCCGGUGGCCGGGUGGAGGGGACGCGCUGGCGGCAUGGCCAGGACAGUAUUGUUGAGAUUCGCUCUGUCCAUGUGGGCACCGUAGUGAUCAAGGCUGUGUACUCAGGCUUCUACGUGGCCAUGAAUCGGAGAGGCCGCCUCUAUGGGUCGCGGGUCUACUCUGUGGACUGUAGGUUCCGAGAACGCAUUGAGGAGAACGGCUACAACACAUACGCCUCACGACGCUGGCGGCACCACGGCCGCCCUAUGUUCCUGGCACUAGACGGCCAGGGCAUUCCCCGGCAAGGUGGACAGACACGGCGGCACCAACUGUCCACACACUUCCUGCCAGUGCUGGUCUCAUCUUGAAGGGCUUGCUGGUUAAGGAAGCAUGCAUAGCAGAGGAGGCCGGAAGACCUGGAGUUGGGCAGGAAGGGCCCAGGCCAGAGGUCCUGGACCUACACGGGUGUCUGCUGGCUGCCAGGCAUGGAGAUAUGGCAGGGUCCCUAUAGGGCAGGCCAACUCUCAGGGGAUACACAAAACUGGCAGUUUCCACAUAUCUAGUUUGGAGGUGGGGACACACCAGGUGGACAGGCUGUAGAGGGCAUGGCCCAGGUUGGUGGUAACAGCAAGGCACACCUAUCAUCCCAUGUGGUCAGAGUAGGGGCCAGAUGCUAAGAGCAUUUUCUUGCUCUUCCAGGGGGACUAAGCUUAGUUCUCCCAGACGAGGUUGCUCACAAUCACCUGUAUGCCCCACUCCAGAGGACCCGACUCUUUUCUGACCUCUGCAGGUACCUGCACUCAUGUGCAUGUAUCCUGCUUCCACACGCCUAAGAUCACACAUUCACACACCUAAGAUCACACUCACGCGCCUAAGAUCACACACUCAACACGCCUAAGAUCACACACUCACACAUCUAAGGUCACUCAGACACAUACAGACACACACACGCCUAAGAUCACAC